AUGUCUAUCCACUAUAUCACCACAUGGGAGUUCCCAGCCGACCCCGAGGCCGUCCCCCUCUCGACUGCGCAGCACCUCCUGGAGAGUCAAGGGCGAAUCAAUCGCCUUGCCGCCGAACAGGAUCUCGAGAUCCUUGAUAUCCAGGCCGAACUGGAACGAGUAAAGGCCGACUUGGAGAUGCUCAAGGCCAAGCGCAACACGGGCGAAUGGCUUACUAUCGCCGUCUUGGUGCUCAUCAUUGGCAUCAUGUUUGCCGGCAAGAGAUUCUGA